UGAGAGUCCCAGCGGCCUGGGCUGAGGCUUGCAGGGCGCUACCAGAGCCGCGGCCCUGCACUGGGGAGCCGCGGGGGAAAGCACCGGCCCGCGGCCGCUCUCUCGCUCUCCUCCCACGCUCUGUGCCCGCCGCCAUGUGGGCUGCCCUGAGGUUAGCCCUGCGGCCCAGCGCACGCGCCGCUGUGCCCGGGCUGCGCGCUUAUCAUGGGGACUCCGUGGCCUCUCUGGGCACCGCACCGGACUCAAGCUCUGCCAUCUACCAGGAGAAUUAUGAGCAGAUGAAAGUGCUAGUAAAUCAACUCCAUGAACGAGUGCAGCACAUAAAGCUAGGAGGUGAUGAGAAAGCCCGAGCGCGGCAUAUAUCAAGAGGAAAACUGUUACCCAGAGAAAGAAUUGACAAUCUUAUAGACCCCGGGUCUCCGUUUCUAGAAUUAUCCCAAUUUGCCGGUUAUCAGUUAUAUGACAAUGAGGAGGUCCCUGCAGGUGGCAUUAUUACAGGCAUUGGAAGAGUAUCAGGAGUAGAAUGUAUGAUUAUUGCCAAUGAUGCUACUGUCAAAGGAGGCACCUACUACCCAGUGACUGUGAAAAAACAUUUACGGGCACAAGAAAUUGCAAUGCAGAACAGGCUCCCCUGCAUCUACUUGGUUGAUUCAGGAGGGGCAAAUUUACCUCGACAAGCAGAUGUAUUUCCAGAUCGAGAUCACUUUGGCCGUAUAUUCUAUAAUCAAGCAAAUAUGUCUUCUAAAAAUAUUACACAGAUAGCCGUGGUCAUGGGGUUUUGUACAGCCGGAGGUGCUUAUCUGCCUGCAAUGGCUGACGAAAACAUCAUUGUGCGCAAGCAGGGUACCAUCUUCUUGGGAGGACCCCCCUUGGUUAAAGCGGCAACUGGAGAGGAGGUGUCCGCUGAGGAUCUUGGAGGUGCUGAUCUUCAUUGCAGAAAGUCUGGAGUAACUGACCACUGUGCUUUGGACGAUCGUCAUGCCCUGCACUUAACUAGGAAGAUCGUGAAGAGUCUAAAUUAUCAGAAGAAAUUGGAGGUUACUGUUGAACCUCCUGAAGAUCCUUUAUUUCCUGCUGAUGAAUUGUACGGAAUAGUUGGCGCUAACCUGAAGAGGAGCUUUGAUGUUCGAGAGGUCAUUGCUAGAAUCGUGGAUGGAAGCAGAUUCAAUGAGUUCAAAGCCUUAUAUGGAGAUACAUUAGUUACAGGAUUUGCUCGAAUAUUUGGAUACCCAGUAGGCAUCAUUGGAAACAAUGGAGUUCUCUUUUCUGAGUCUGCAAAAAAGGGUGCUCACUUUGUACAGUUAUGCUGCCAAAGAAAUAUUCCUCUGCUGUUCCUUCAAAACAUCACUGGAUUUAUGGUUGGUAGAGACUAUGAAGCUGAAGGAAUUGCCAAGGAUGGUGCCAAGAUGGUCACUGCUGUGUCCUGUGCCCAAGUGCCUAAGAUAACCGUCAUCAUUGGGGGAUCCUAUGGGGCUGGAAACUAUGGGAUGUGUGGCAGAGCAUUCAGCCCAAGGUUUCUCUACCUCUGGCCAAAUGCCCGGAUCUCAGUGAUGGGCGGAGAGCAGGCAGCCAAUGUGUUAGCCACAGUAGUAAAGGACCAGAAAGCACGGGAAGGAAAACAGUUCUCCAGUGCUGAUGAAGCAGCUUUAAAAGAGCCCAUCAUUAAGAGGUUCGAAGAGGAAGGAAACCCUUACUAUUCCAGUGCAAGGGUGUGGGAUGAUGGGAUUAUUGAUCCAGUGGACACCAGACUGAUCCUAGGUCUCAGUAUUAGUGCAGCCCUCAACGCACCAAUACCGAAGACUGACUUCGGCAUCAUGAGGAUGUAACUGGAUUAUAAAAUGUUUUCUGCUGGACAUGUACCAAAUAUUAACACAUGUAGUAGCCUUUAAAUUUUAGACUUCUUGAACAUGUGGCUAUUACAGUAAG